AUCUGCUGCGAAGCACUUUCUAUCGUUUGUAACUUCAAAACACGAUUUCUUAGAAUUGAUCUCAUGACUAACAUUUCUUAGAAUUAAAGGACGAUACAAAGGAAGAAAAUAGAUUGCAAAGUACAGGCUUUUAAUUCCAUACGCUUAAUAGCAAGAUCAAUGCCUCGUAACCGAAGAACUAAGAAAGCAAAAACCAAAGACACACUGGAGUUCACCGUCUACAUAUACGAGUCAGAGUACCGACAGAUACAAGCUUGGGUUGAUAAACACCAAAACCUUGAAACUGGAGGAGACUUGUUUGGCUUAUGGACAGACGACCACACUGCAGUUGUGCAGCUCGYACUCGGGCCAGGGAAACACUGUAGACGAACAUCAGCUUCCUUCUACCAAGAUGUUAAGUACCUUGAUCGAGUGGGUAACCUCUUGACUAACGAAGAAGGGUUGUGUCAUAUUGGAGAAUGGCACUCUCAUCACAAACUCGCUUUAAAGGAGCCAAGUGGAGGAGACGAGAAUACAGUCUGGACCAACAUGGAUAGAUAUGGUAUCUACCGAUUUCUCCUCUUUAUUGCCACCAUUGAUGGAAGUUGGUGGUACAAAGAGUCGACACCAGAUGAUGUAAGCGUAAGAGGCUUUCUUUUUAAGACCACUGACGAGAAAGAUCGGCUCCUUUCGGGAUGCAAAUUUAUUCUUUUGCCAGAAAAAAGUCCUUUCCGAUCAAAAUACAUUGAUGAAAUCACAGAAGGAGCUGAGAGUGUAAAUGAGGAGCAAGAGAUUCAAAAAGCUUAUGUUCCAGUCCAUAAGUACAAAAACAAGGGACAAAAGCAUGCUUACCAAGCCUUGGAAGUGGAAGAACCGGAAAACCAGGAACCAGAAGGCAAGAAACGAAGCCUCGAGCAGUCUUAUUUUAGAAGAUGCUUCAAUCUUAUUUUUCACGUUUGCUUCCCUUAUAUGUGGCUUUGUUGCAAAAGAUUAUGCAAUGCGCUAGGUCGUUGCUUUUGCAGGUGCAUGUGUUUUUGGAAUGACAAGGAAAUGGAAGACACCAAUGCAACUGAACCAGCAAACUCUAGCUGGAAAAUUUUCUUCCGGGAUCUCAUUCAUUGUUUCUGUCCAAUAUGUUGGUUUUCUUCAAAAUCUCAUUUUCAACAGAGAAGACUUGGGUUGGAAAAAAACAUCCUACAAGACAAGUUCCCAGGUAAAGUGACUUGGACCGAUCCAACGUCGCGGGGCAAAACACAAGUGGAAGUGGCCAUGAAUACGAAYAACGAAAAACCCUACAAGCUGCGAAUCUAUGUUCCUGAAGAUUAUCCAAAUUUCUGCCCAGAUAUGGUAGUGAGCUAUCCUAACCACCAACUGAAAAGACRUGAUGGAAGAAGCCUCCUUAAUUACGAUGACCACGUUUUGGAUGCAAGGGAUAAUCUUACAAAGAUUUGUCAUUUUAGACCGAAUAAAUGGACGUCUGACAACACCUUGUAUYAAGUGUUUAUGAAGGGAAGGUUAUGGCUGGAAGCUUACGAACUUCACCUAACAACUGGCAAACUAAUGGAGAGUCUCUUAAGAGAAAUGCCUUUCACCGUCUACAUAUACGAGUCAGAGUACCGACAGAUACAAGCUUGGGUUGAUAAAUACCAAAACCUUGAAACUGGAGGAGACUUGUUUGGCUUAUGGGCAGACGACCACACUGCAGUGGUGCAGCUCGUACUCGGGCCAGGGAAACACUGUAGACGAACAUCAGCUUCCUUCUACCAAGAUGUUAAGUACCUUGAUCGAGUAGGUAACCUCUUGACUAACGAAGAAGGGUUGUGUCAUAUUGGAGAAUGGCACUCUCAUCACAGACUCGCAUUAAAGGAGCCAAGUGGAGGAGACAAGAAUACAGUCUGGACCAACAUGGAUAGAUAUGGUAUCUACCGAUUUCUCCUCUUUAUUGCCACCAUUGAUAGAAGUUGGUCGCAGGAAGGGUCAAUACAAAAUAAUGUUGGAAUAAAUUGUUUUCUUUUCAAAAUCAAUCCGCGAGAGGGCAAUCCAUACUAUCAAGUUCAGGAGGGCAUAUUUGAAAAAGUCAAAAAAGAAAGCCCAUUACGGUUAAAAUACACGGAGGACAUAAAGAYAGGAGCUGAGAGUGAUACUGAAUUAGUUGUUGUAGAAGACAAGGAACCAGAAGACAACAAAGGAUCUGAAAUAUGUUGUUUCUUUUGUAGUCUCUGCCCCAUGUGUUUGCUAAUUAACUGUCCAUGGCUAAGCAAACACUGAACCCGCUGAAAGAUCUGGAAUCCUGAAUAUGUUGUUGUUUAAUUGAUGUUUGUCUGUUUGUUUGUUUUUGUGGCUUUUUUCGUCGUUUCUGUCCCAUGUGAUUGUUUGUUGACUGACCUUAAAAUAACUGUCCAUGACCAUGGUAUAAAUCGAGUUGCACUUAUUGUCGUGGGGCGUGGGUAAAAGUCGUGGGUCCCGAAAAAUAAGAUAAAAUAAGAUAAAAUUCAUGUAAGAUAAGAUAAAAUAAAUAGAUAAAAAUAUCGACAAUUAGAUUUCGAAAAAAUAAGUGUAGAAUUCGAUUUACACAGUACAGGAAAUAGUCUGAGUACUCAGGCUAAACAGCAUAGCACAACAGAAGCCAUGCAAUGACAAGCUGUAACUGAAUACUCAUAUUAUGACACUUCAAAUAUAGGUAUGAUAUAAUAAUCUAACCAAUAAUCGGUACUAACACUGCCGAAACUAGCUGAAACUUCAUAGUUGCAGACUAGACUUUGUUUUUGCUGAUCCUUCGCCUUUGCUUCUCAUUCCUUUAUACUCUAUUCAUUAUUUUAUCAAACAGUUUAUAUUUUGAGAACAUGUUUUAUUUUGAUCAAAUAUAGUUAUACCAACUCUGGUUAUACAAAAGAACAUUUAUAAGAGAAUCUUGUGUAUUUACACACUCCGCCAAGAUCGGUUGCUGUACUCCGGUCAUGAAGGUCAAUAAUCAGUAUUUCAUAACAAACAUUGUAAAUGGUAAAGCUCAGUAUUCCAUUUUCUGCGUCGAGUUAUAUUGCACAUUUCCUUUAAACAUCGCUUUAAGUUGUUUAGUCAUUUUUUUCUAACGCUAGCGCGCGUGAUCAAGCUGUUCUUUUUUAAAUACAGUCAUAAGUCAUAAUUAACAUCGCUUCAACAGCAACAGUAACAUGUUCAGUUUGACUUGAGCCGUAAAAAGGAUGUCUCUAUCUAUUUAACAAAUUGACAUCAGA